AUGAACUCUCUCGAAAUGAACGAUGAACUCGAGCAUGGAUCGGUUAACGAUGCCGUUGGUCAAUUUGCCUUCGCUCCUGCCACUCGAACGACUGUGGUGACAACUACUACUACAACCACCACGACCUUUCCUCCCCUCAUCAUCAGACCACCGCGGGCGACACGAGACCUCGAUCCCAAACUAUAUCCCCUGGCCUCCUCUCCAACUCCUCAAGCGCUCAAAAACAUCAAAUUCGAACUGGGCGGGAAAUCAGUCGUAUUCAAUGAACCGGAAGAUUCAAGAGUAGCUCUCAAGGAGGUAAACGAGACGAAUGACGCGUUGAAAGCUUCGAACGGAUUGGUGCGGUCUGUUGCCUCUUACACCACCUCAAACGAUCUCCAAAUUCCCCGACGUUUAGCCCCCACUCGAUUAUCCAGUCAACCAUCCAACCCGUCUAGCUCAAAACGCCGGCCAGUAUCAAUCCUGGAGGGGCAACUUGGAUCCAUCAGAUUACGCCCCGGGAGGAUCCCUUCAGAACCGUCAUUUCGUCACAUUCGCUCAUAUGGUUCCCUCGCGCCGUAUUCGGCGGGUUUAGCUACUCCAGAGACCGAACCUAGCACUUAUAGCCCAGGAGACAGUGUGCUACCCAGGAGAAGAAUACACAGUGCAGCCAUACCUCGUAGGGAGACAUUGUUGCGAUCGCCUCUAUCAUCCGAAGUUGAGAGCCAGCAACUUCCACAGGAUGUGAGCACGAACGCUGCAAGCCAAGGUCUUGGAUAUGAUGAAUCAGAGGAGUCGUCACAACAGAUGCCCCCAGAAUCAGCCUCCCAGUAUUCCGCCAUCGAUAGUGUCGUUGCCCACGAUAUGUGCUUGCCCAGUCCUAGCCUGUCUCCAGUGGCAGCUAUGAACGCCAUGAAUGUGGAUUCUUCGUUCGAGUCGGCCGAAGAUCCAGAGCUUGACACGGAUUCGAGUUUGGAUAACAGCGCGCGGCUUUCGGAUUCUAUGCGUUUGGAGAGGUCGAACCCUGAUGCGUCGUCGAGUUCCAGAUCCGCGAAUGCGCCAAGCAAUAUCGAAAACCAACGAACUGCCUCUUUGAUGGAUAUUCCGAGCGUUUUAGACUUCUUUGAUUCCGUUCCCGACGGAUUGAAAACGUAUCUUAUGCAUCAAUUCCUCAGGAGAUGUUCGAAGCCAACGUUGCGCUUUGUGGCUGAUGUCGUGAACCCAGCCUUGAAAUGCGAUUUCCUAGCCCUUCUUCCCCUUGAACUUAGCCUCAAUAUUGUCAAAUAUUUUGACAUGCAUACCAUGUGCUCUGCAGCUCAAGUGUCUAAAAGAUGGAGACAUAUCAUCAACUCAGACGAAAAAACCUGGAAGUACUUAUUCGAUAAGGACGGUUAUGUUCUUCCAGAUGGCGAACUAGAACGCGCAAUCAAAGAGGGUUGGGGAUGGCAAUUUCCACACGGGGAGGAAGACUGGGAAAGGGAUCUCAGCUUGUCUGCUGCCAUGAAAGCUGAUCCUGAUUGCGCUGAUGACAUUGCUGGGCCUUCUCUGUCAGCCUCGAGUGACAGAGCAUUGUCUGUGAGCCGCCGACCGAAAAGAAAGGCUACACGUGUCUCUGGCCGCAAAUUUGCGAAACGGAAGAUCUCCUCUAGCGGUACAGAUCACUCCGACUCCUCAGAUUGGAGGAAAGGAAUUUCUGCAGCCGAGGGACCGUAUGCCGCUGCGACUGCUGCAGCAGUAGCCGUUCCUUAUCCGGAAAUCGGCCUGCCUUCUCUCAGAGCGCUUCAUCUCUUCAAAUCUCUUUACCAACGACAUCACUCCAUCUAUAAGGGCUGGAUGAAGCCUAGCGUUAAACCGAGGCACAUUGCCUUCCGUGCUCAUGGCCGCCACGUAGUCACUUGUCUUCAGUUCGACACUGACAAGGUUCUUACUGGAAGUGAUGACACCAACAUCAACGUCUAUGAUACAAAAACGGGCGCUUUAAAAGCUACUUUGGAAGGUCAUGAGGGAGGUGUUUGGGCUUUGGAGUACUACGGUAACACCCUGGUGUCCGGAUCCACCGAUAGAUCAGUGCGAGUCUGGGAUAUCGAAAGGGCAAGAUGUACUCAAAUUUUCCACGGACAUACCUCUACCGUGAGAUGCUUGCAAAUCGUUUUGCCGGUGGAAGUCGGCAAAAAUGCCGAUGGGACUCCUGAAAUGAUGCCCAAGGAACCAAUUAUCAUUACUGGCUCUCGUGACUCCAACCUGCGCGUUUGGAAACUCCCAAAACCAGGUGACCCGGUUUACUACCAAAGCGGACCUCACGUUGACGACACUGAUUGCCCGUAUUUCAUUCGUGUCCUCACUGGUCAUCAGCAUUCUGUUCGUGCAAUCGCCGCGCAUGGUGACACUUUGGUUAGUGGAAGUUACGACUGCACUGUAAGAGUAUGGAAAAUAUCGACCGGAGAAACUCUUCACAGACUUCAGGGGCAUACAUUGAAAGUGUACAGCGUUGUUCUCGAUCAUAAGAGGAACCGUUGUAUCAGUGGCUCAAUGGAUAAUACAGUCAAAGUGUGGUCUUUGGAAACUGGAUCGAUCAUUCACAACCUCGAAGGUCAUUCUUCACUUGUUGGUUUGCUCGACUUGAAGUGUGACCGUCUAGUCUCUGCCGCUGCAGAUUGCACUUUGAGAAUCUGGGAUCCUGAGACUGGGCAAUGCAAAAGCAAGCUGAGCGCCCACACUGGUGCGAUCACUUGCUUCCAGCAUGAUGGUCAGAAGGUCAUCUCUGGAUCAGAUCGGACUCUAAAGAUGUGGGAUGUUCAAACCGGCAAAUGCGUGCGAGACCUCCUUACAGAUCUAAGCGGGGUAUGGCAAGUAAAAUUCGAUGAUAGAAGAUGUGUUGCUGCGGUACAACGAGAUACUCUGACAUACAUUGAGGUCCUCGAUUUUGGUGCGUAUCGUGACGGAAUCCCAGGUGAUCAGUUGGGACAACGCACAGUUGUCAACCGAUGGGGACAGGAAAUUGGCGACAAUGCUGACGAAGAUUAUGACCUCUCUGAUGGCUGA